UACACGAUCAAUAUGUUAUCUUUUGCGACCAGAACAGCUUCCCGUUCUCUUGCUGCCCACAGCGUUGCGAAUCCAUUGACGGCCUUGAGUCGAAGAGGAUACCACGAGAAUAUUGUUGAACACUAUGAGAAUCCGCGAAAUGUUGGUUCAUUAGACAAGAACGAUGAGUCCGUUGGCACGGGUCUCGUCGGUGCACCUGCCUGUGGGGAUGUGAUGAAACUUCAGAUCAAGGUGGACGAAAACGGAAUGAUCACGGAAUCGAAGUUUAAGACCUUUGGAUGCGGUUCUGCGAUCGCUAGCUCCUCAGUCGCCACGGAGUGGGUGAAAGGAAAGACGGUUGAUGAUAUUCUUGCGAUUCAGAAUGCUGAUAUCGCUGCUCACCUUAAGCUUCCUCCUGUAAAGCUUCAUUGUAGUAUGCUAGCCGAGGAUGCUAUCAAGGCCGCUGUUGCCGACUGGAAAGUAAAACAGUCGUCAAAGAAGCAAGAGGCUGCUUGAGGAAAACGAUAUCCCGGAAUGGUUCGACCACUUCAUUUUCUACAUUGAUCUACACAAUGCUUCGAUUCUACUGCUGUAUCGAAUGAUUCGACGAUAUCUUGACAGUGAGUGAAAGGCCGAUUUGUAUGGUAGGAUAAGCGUUUUGUUGCAUCCACGAUUCUUGCAGUUCAUAUCAUUAUGUAGUCCCCAAUUGAAAUAGUAAUUGUAAGCUCAUGAAGUUCAAACAA